GAGGAGGCGGGUCCUCUCUGGGUUCCGGCUCCGGCUCCCUCCCCCGCCCACCGAGGCGGCGCUGUCCCUGACCGAGCUGCGCGCGUGAGUUCGUGAUGGAGUCCCUCCUUGUACCUGCCGGUCCUCCUGCUCAUCCAUCAUCCAUCUUGCAAGCCAUGGUUCAAAUACCACCUCUUCUCUGAAGUUGCUUCCCUGCCCCCUUCAGAGGAAUAUUUCCGUGUGAUCCUAACUGCCGAAGCAUCGUUUCUCUUCUCCCUUUUCUCCCUCCAGUACUGGUGUGAAAACUUCAGCUUGGGAGUGGGUUCAGAGAUGGGCAGUGAGAAGGAGCAGAGUCCAGAAGCACUCCUGCCUGAGGAAGGGGAAGCGGCAGGGAAGCCUUGGAGAGAGGAUGGCUCAGAGAGUUCUCAGGUUGCAUCUGGGGAGGAACAUGGGCAGGUGAGCCUUUCGAAGGAGCUUCAAGGAGAACAUCCCAAAAUGCCAUGGCAGAAAGUCACUGCCCGAGCCAGGGGCCCUGGGAACCCCAUUGCCUUUUCAAGCCCAGAGGCAGAUGAGAAGCCUUUUAUAUGUGUGCAGUGUGGCAAAACCUUCAACAACACCUCCAACCUCAGAACACACCAGCGGAUCCACACUGGUGAGAAGCCAUACAAGUGUUCAGAGUGUGGCAAGAGCUUCUCUCGAAGCUCCAACCGAAUCCGGCACGAGAGAAUCCACCUGGAAGAGAAGCACUACCAAUGUGCCAAGUGUCAGGAGAGUUUCCGGCGACGCUCAGACCUCACUACACACCAGCAAGAUCACCUGGGCCAGCGGCCAUACCGCUGUGACAUUUGUGGCAAGAGCUUCAGCCAGAGUGCCACACUGGCUGUCCAUCACCGAACCCACCUGGAGCCAGCACCUUACAUCUGCUGUGAGUGUGGGAAGAGCUUCAGCAACAGCUCCAGCUUUGGGGUGCACCACCGUACCCACACGGGUGAGAGGCCUUAUGAGUGCACUGAGUGUGGGCGGACUUUCAGUGAUAUCUCCAACUUUGGUGCACACCAGAGAACACACAGAGGGGAGAAGCCAUACCGGUGCACUCUGUGUGGGAAACACUUCUCCCGAAGCUCGAACCUCAUCCGACAUCAGAAAACACACUUGGGUGAGCAGGAUGAGAACCCUGCUUAGAGAGUGAGGGAGAGCAUAUAACCCACCUUGACAGGAGAAGGAGGCAUUUAGCACCUGCUGCGGCCACCUUGACUGCAAACCCUUCACUUUGUAGAGUGGUCCCUUGUUGCCUUUGAAAUGAGGAAAUCCUGCCUCCUCCCAGGCAGUUUCUUGCCUUGGAAAAUCAGAGUGCCCAGUCUUCACUUCACUUUCUCAGGGGUGGAGAAAGUGGGAUAGGCUCAGGACAUGCUCUUGUUAUUGGGGCAUCAGUCCCCUGACUUUGUGGGAAGUCACUGUUUGCAGGUCCUCCAAAGCCAUCUAACUUCAGAUACACUACAGUGGCCUGUGAGUUCCCAACUGCUGUGCCUCAUCCAAUAUCAACUUCUAGAACCCUAGGCUGGGGGCGCAUGGCCCUCCUAUUGAAGAGGCCUCCUCUGUCUGAGAAGAGGCUUGUGUUCCUUCAGUAAGAAUGGAUAGGAAGCCUCAGGGAUCCAUAAUCCAGGGGCCCUCAUACUCCCCAUGUUUGUUACCUGUCUUCCUCACCCCAACUUGCAUCUGUCUCCUCAGUGGUCACCAGUAAAACACUUCCAUGAGAA